GAUGACUAAAUCUGAUAACUGAAUCCCUAGAUUGUUUACUCAGAGUCUCAAUUUUCUUUUGUUUAAUUGGUUUCUCUAGUAGCUACAGCCAAAGUUGUAGUCAAUCCGUUGUUAGCAAUUCCAGAACCAAUUACCACUUCUUUGUACUUUCAGGAUGUCAUGGCUUGAGUUAGCAGGUUCAUGAUCAUUAGCCUGUGGAUGAUGCUGCAUGUUCUUCCGCUUGGCUUGAUGAAAAGUCAAAUGUCAUGUCAACGCCAUGGGCUGGUUAUUCAGGGGGCUAAUUUUUCCGAUUUUUCAUUUCUGAAGACAAACAAAGUAUUCUUUGGUCCAACUUGUAAGUUAUACCUUGCAAGUCCUGUUCUCUCUUAUCCUUGCAGUCUACAACAAUUGAAACAGGUAAGAAACCAAACAAAGAGUCAUAUAGUUCUUGCGAAUCACAAUGGAAAUGGUGAACAUGAAGAAGGCAGGUCCACACCUAUCAGUGAUGAUCAAGUGUUCACGUCCAUUUUCUUGGCCUCGAUAAAUAAUGAUUCUCAAGAGAACUCCGCUGUUAACUCAAGUGUGUCAAUUUCACACUCACAACUGAACCCCAAAGAACAUGUUGUUGAUCUUCCGGUGAACCGAAAAAACCUUCUUGACAGGUUAAAGGCUGUUCACUUGCAUAUCUCAGCCUCAGAACAAUGGAAUCUUUCUCGGAUUGAACUAUGCCACAGAAAUUACUUGGUCAGUGCGAGAAACUUAAUACACUAUCUGGCAUUGAAAUGCCUAGAUACUGAGCAGCUCCAAGAAGAACUUUCUGCUAUUGGACUUCAGAAUUUGGAAACGAUCAAUCCACAUGUUCUUGCAAGUGUGUAUUCCGGAAUACAGCUGUUGAACAAUCUGGAAUCUCGUUUACUAGACAGCGAAGCUGAGGCAAAUUCCGUUGAUAUAAAUCAUGUAUUUUUCGGAGAUAGUUUAAAAGUUUCAAAGCACAAGAAUGAGGAUUUUAGCAGAACCUCAUUGAGAAGGAGGGCGGUCUCAUACAAAGAAUCGUUACUCGGUCCAAUUCAAGAUGGAAAACCAUCCCACAUCAUGGCUACUGUUGGCAACGAAGCUAUUGAAUGUGAAACACUAUUGGGUGACCUUCUCAGUAAUGGGACCACCAUUUUCCGAAUUAAUUGUGCACAUGGGGUUCCGAGUGUUUGGAGCGAGAUCAUCAGAAGGAUAAAGAGAAGCUCUAAGAUGCUUGAGAAACCUUGUCGGAUACUCAUGGACUUAGCUGGACCAAAGCUUCGCACUGAUCGCAUGAAGGAGGGCCCAUCUGUGAUGAAAAUUUCUCCGAAGAAGGAUGCUACAGGAAGCGUAAUUUUACCAGCUCAAGUUUGGUUAUCUUACAUAGGAUUUGGAUCUCCUCCUACACAUUUGUCCCCAGAUGUAGUUCUUUUUGUUGACAACAAACAUCUCCUUAGUAGUUUAGAGGUAGGUGAUGUCCUGAAAUUCUGCGACACUAGAGGAAGAAAAAGGUCACUGAAGAUAUCCAAAAAGUGUCCUGUUUUUGCUGGUGUUGGUUUCAUGGCUGAGUGCUCGAGGACUUCGUACGUGGAAUCAGGCACCAAACUUCGUAUAAAGAAAAAGCACGGUUGUUCCUCAGUUGGAAAAAUAGUGAAUGUUCCAGCAGUAGAAGAGUUUGUCAGGUUGAAAAUUGGAGACUUGCUAAUCAUAUCUCGAGAUCCAUGCUUAGCUUCAAAUGAAGGGUCCCCAGUUGGUGGCCCGAGGGUAUCUUGUUCAUCUAGCUACUUAUAUGACUCGGUCAAACCUGGUGAGCCAAUUGCUUUUGAUGAUGGGAAGAUUUGGGGUGUAAUCCAAGGAACCAGCAGUUCGGAGAUUGUUGUCUCCAUCACUCAUGCAAGCCCUAAAGGAUCUAAACUUGGACCGGAGAAAUCCAUCAACAUCCCUCAGAGUGAAAUUCGGUUCGAAGGCUUAACUUCUAAGGAUCUAUUGGAUCUUGAGUUUAUAGCUGAGCAUGCUGACAUGGUAGGGUUCUCGUUUAUUAGAGAUGUCAGCGAUGUUAUUGUUCUUCAGCAAGAAUUAGAGAAGCGAAAACUUCAGAAACUGGGAGUUGUACUGAAAAUCGAGACUCAGGGUGGGUUUGAUAAGUUACCCUUUCUACUACUGCAAGCGAUGCAUUUGCCAAACCCCCUAGGAGUUAUGAUUGCUAGGGGAGAUCUUGCUGUAGAGUGUGGAUGGGAAAAUCUGGCUGACAUCCAGGAGGAGAUCUUAUCUAUCUGUGGUGCUGCUCACAUACCGGUCAUUUGGGCAACUCAGGUACUGGAAUCACUUGUUAAGUCAGGUCUCCCUACUCGAGCUGAGAUUACAGAUGUAGCAAAUGGACAGAGGGCAAGUUGCAUUAUGUUGAAUAAGGGGAAGUACAUUACUGGCGCAGUUUCGACUUUGGAUUCUAUCUUGCGCAGCAGCGGCUCCCAGAAAAUGAAGUCAAAGUUGAAGUCAUUACUAGUCCCCAGCCAGCAACAUUAACUGGUGCUAGAUCUUGUCCCUGAUUCUGCUUUACAUGACGUGGCUGAUGUUUCUAUUAAUAACAACUGGAAGAGAAAAGAAGAAGCAACUAAACUGUAAACAAUAUAUGUACAGAAAAAGAUCUCAUACACCUAAGAUAGCGAUGUAUAGCUUUAAACACAUGAAUCCCUGAUUGCUUCAAGUGUUUGAAAUCUGUUUUGGAAUAUAUGGCAAGUACGCUAACCACCAAGGAGAUCGAGGUGGCCGCGAAGAAGAUGCAGAAGACCAAGUCUUUGUAUCCUAGCAAGAAAAAAUUUACCUAGUAUGUGCGAUUAGUGCCAAACCAUGUUAA